UACAUGCAUUCAGGUCAGCAGAUUUCAUAAAACACAAUCUAAGAUGGGGAAAGUGAAAAUAUGUGUGCUGUGCAUAACCUCGGUAGUGAUAGUUGCCCUUUAUUGGGGGGAGAGUAAAAUAAGCAACAGAUAUGCGGUGAACAACAAAGCUUCUGGAAAAGUUAUAGAUAGGACCAACCAAGGGACCAACCUUCCAGAUGGAACGUAUUUUGCCAGUGUUCGGCAAUUUCCCGAUGACACGUCUUCUUCGGCUGCUCCUUUACCGUACGAGGUCCCAGGACGGACAUGUUCUCACGACAAAUGUAAACAAAAAAGACAUAUUAUUUUCUUGAAGGUUCAUAAGUGCGGUUCUACCACUGUCUAUUCAAUCUUACAUCGGGCAGCAGCGAAAUAUGGGCUGGCUAUUUUAAAGCCACUGCCAGGAAGACCUAGUUUUUACCCGAGUAAAGAUCUGAACUACCCGCUCCUUCAUGUAAGGAAGCCAACUUUUGCAGAUGCCGCAUACAGCCCUAACAAAACAUAUGAUAUGAUGAUUCAUCACAUGGUUUUUGAUGCUGAAGUAGUAAACGCCAUGAUGCCGAAGGAUUCAUUUCGCAUAGGAAUUGUCCGUGAACCAUUUUCUCAAUUUAAGAGUGCCUUUAACUUUAUGUCAAUGAAAAGCAAAUUUAAUAUUACAUCCUCGAAUAGUCUGCAAGCAUUUUUCCAAAACCCGUAUAAAUAUUGGAAUAUGUACAUACGCCGAAGUUAUAAUAGCUUUAUCAGAAAUGGGAUGAUGUACGAGUUUGGAUUUCCAGAUGACGACAUGAAAAUCAGAAACAACGAAACUUUCAUUAAACAAUAUAUUGAUUACAUAGAUAAUCAAUUCGAUUUUAUCAUUGUGAAUGAGCUGUUUGAUGAAAGUUUGGUUUUACUUGGUAGAAAGUUAUGCUGGAAGGUACACGAUUUUCUGUAUGUAAAGCGAAAUGCUGGUAAGUACACUCCUGAAUUUAAGACUGAAGACGACCCAUGGAUCAUUCAACAACACAAAGCAUGGAGUAAAGCUGACUAUCACUUGUACGACUACUUUUUGACCAAAUUGAAAAAGACAAUUUCUUCUCAAGGUAAAGACUUUUAUGACGAGCUUGCAAGUUUUAAAAAUGCUUUGAAAUGGGUAAAAGGAUGUAGGUUUGAAAAUGUGAUAGAUGUCUGUCAAAAAAAUGGCCCCGAAACAAAAGUUUCAGUGCGGUGUGUGAAACAUGACCGGAGAAAUAAACAGAACUAAUUCGCUGCACUACUAGUAUUAAUGGACGCUGGACAUGAAGAAAACACGUCUGACAUGGUGCCUAUGGAAAAAACGGUUACCUUAGCUUAAUAAGCAUUGUCUAUGAAAGUGUGUUUGACUAGAUAAGAUUUAGCAAAGGACUAUAUUGAGAUUUAUUUAUGUCUUUUUUUUUUCAAAAUAAAUGUCAUUUUGUGAUUAACUUGCACUUAUAAACGUUAACGUUUACAUCUCGUGAGUAGCAUUGUGCAAGAAAAAAAUCAUAAAAUGGAAUCUACUUUAGAGUUAUUAUUUCAAGAAAUAAAACUCGUGUUAUUUCAAUUUAUAAGAUUCACUCCUUUAUAAAGAAAACCCCAGUGAGAGCUUUAUAAAGAAUGUAUACAGGGUGUCUCAAAUAACUUAAACAGUUUUAAAGGCAGUACAAUGAAAUUUGGCAUA